AUGAUUACACCACGUUUCAGCUGUAGCCAGACGGACACGGCAGUCAUUGUAUCUAUGUACUGUCCGUCAAUUCGUGCUGCAGAUGUCGAGAUAAAUGUCGACGAAAUGACAUUAACGGUGCAUGUCAAACCUUAUUUUUUGCGCUUGAACUUCUCGCAUGCCCUGCUUGAUGACGAUGAAUCGUCCGCGCAGUAUGAUCCUAGCUCUGGUUAUCUCACUAUUACGAUGACAAAGGAGAACAAGGGGCAGGACUUCAAGGAUCUUGAUCUAUUGGCGAAAUUGUUAGCACCCCGGACGACCACUCACCAACCGGUGAUCGAGAAUGAAUCAGACAUGGUGUCCAAAAUACAGAGUCUUUCUUUGGCAGAGAAUCUUUCUCAGGAGCAGGAAGAGAUAAAAAAAGCCGCCCAAAACGACUGGCAGCUGCCACAGCAAGCGCCGGAAACACUUGUCUCUUUCGAGACCUCUCUUCAAAAGUACUAUGGUUUUUUGAACAUGCAUCAUGGCUAUCUAAGACACGUUAUUCAUACCGAGAACGAAGUGAACGAACUCGGAGCAGAUGCCGAAACAUGUACCGUCGACGAGAGAACGAAGAGGAGGAUUGACCACGAGGACGAGAAAUGGGACGACGAACACUACAUGGCAGAUUAUAUGGACGACGAGUACAUCCAAGAAUUACUUGACUGGACACACCCGCUAACCGAUGGUCCAUUCGAAUACACAGAAAAAGAAAACGCUGAAAUGCUCCGUUUACCACGAAAGGAAUAUAUCGCAACGCCGCAACAGACUCACAACCUUUACCUCACCUUGGUUACAAUCCUAUAUUCGUAUGCAUACGACGCGAGGACCACCCAACUAGACCCUACCCCAGAAAGCGCGUGGACUAUGUGCGCUCUUACUUCUGCCUUCUCGGCUCUCGAUCCUCCAAACGUAACUGCAGCCAUCAUACCUUCCUAUCGGCGCUCUCUUGCUUUUCCUCUUUAUCGAUCCUUCUAUCUGGUCGACAAAUGCCGCACGGACGUUGCGGACUUCUUAGCGAAGGGCAGAAGGAUGGUGAUGCGGUGUUUGUUGCGGAUGAAAGACAUCUUGGAUCACCAUGAGGUUUAUUAUGUCUACAGCAAAAUCUGGCUCGACGACUUCUGUCUUUGGAUUUCGGCAUAUGCUGACGACGAGAUUCUUGAAAAGCUGGGCAAAGUUUUGGCCGAAAUCAAGGUAGCGAAGGCGUUGAUCGGCUGGAACCUGGAGGAACUAGAGACUGCGGCCUUGGAAAGUCUAGAAAGGGAGAGUGAUAGCGACGAUAUGUCCUCCGAAGACUCUGACGAUUUUGCUCAUGCACCAUUGUGA